AUGCUUUUAUCUCUUAACCUGGCAAAUUCAUCCUCAAGCAACAACCAGCUGUCGCCUUUGGCUACCCAGCGACGGUUAGUCACAUCUCAUAAUAAUGACGCCAAGGCCAUCGUGCAUUCCGCCGGCGACUUUCAAUGGCAGGCAUAUGAUGGCAACCAGAUGGCCUUCAGCGUAGUCUACUCAACGAGUCGAUUUCCCGUGGAGAUGAACGGCGAUGCCGACAUUCAGGCCCAUGACACCCUGAUGCAGAACGUCGACUAUGGCAUAGUUCUCGAGGGAGAGAUUGAUAUACUACUAGAUGCAGGCGAGGUACACUCAAUGAAAGCAGGCGACGUUGCCGUCCAGCGUGCUACCAAUCACCAGUGGCGUAACACUUCCAACACAAAAUGGGCACGGAUGAUGUUUGUGUUGCAGGACUGGGAGCCCUUGGAGAUCCAGGGUAAAAUCCUUGGAGAGGAUCUGGGCAGGGACCUAGCCUAUUUGCCACUAAGCUGCCAGUAA